AUGAGUGUCGCGUACGAGCCCCGGACCUUUAUCCACGAGGGUGGCUAUCCUCCCAUCGGCGACGACCAUGAUCAUACUGCCGACCAGCGGUUUACCGACAACGAUGUCGCCGAACAACUGAGCCAUUACACAACCGAGGCGGCCAUGCUUCCCGACAACACAGGCGUGCUUGGAGAUGAUCGAGGCAUGAUGCCUGAGGAUGCCGCUGCCGUCCAAGAAGCAACACGGCUCGACCUAACACAUUCGACCUUCCCCUCUCCGAUCCAGGCGACGAUGCAAGAGCCUUCUCUCGAACCUCUACCCGAAGACAAGGACCUAUCGCCAGGAGCCGGGUCUCCUCCUGCGUCCCGUAUCAAGCCGAUUCCCAAGCCCGACCGAGAUGUUGUGAAGCAAGCGGACGGAAAAUUCCACUGCCCGCUCGACGAGUGUAAGGAGGAAGUGAGAACAUUUUCGCGCAAGUGCGAGUGGAACAAGCACAUGGACAAGCACGAGCGACCCUAUCGAUGUCCUGCCGACGGAUGCGAGAAUCUCCCCGGUUUCACCUACUCGGGCGGGUUGCUCCGACACGAGCGAGAGGUUCACGGCAAGCAUGGCGGUCCCAAGAAUACAGUCAACUGCCCUCAUCCGAACUGCAAGCGACACACAGGGAAGGGAUUCUCACGACAAGAGAAUCUGAACGAACAUUUACGCCGCGUCCAUACCAAUCCCGACGGGACCACUCCCCCAGCCGAUACCGCUCAAUCUCCGGACGAAAACGACGCCGAGAAGGUGGGCAUGAAGCGCAAGCGCCGCUCAAGUGCCCAGGCCAGCGAAGAGAUGGUUGAGCUCCGCGAGGAAGUCAAGCGUCUCAAGGAAGAGAACGAGAAGCUCAAGGCAGAGAUGGACACACAGUCACAGCAUUCGCUCGCCAUGAUGGCUCAGAUCGCCGAGCUCCAAGAUGCUCUGCGUCAUGGACUCGGCCAGCACACCCUGGGAGCUCCUACGGCACAGAUGAUUUAG